GUUAUUUGAGAGCUAACGACAAGGAGACGCAGCUUUGCGAGUAUACCAUCUGCUGCUAUUGCGAUUCUUGAACGACACCGCUCAACAUAACCAAGCUGGGAUUCAAUACAGCYACUUGUAUACCGGGAUUGAGGUACUCUAGAACUAGUAAAUAGACCUUUGACAAAGGGGUGAGAAAUAUAAUUAAGACAGAACAUUAUUUGUCAAGUAUGUUGAACACAACCUCAACAAAUACGUCCAACUUGAGCAGUCCAUAUUUAAGRACUUGUCCUGUUUACGAGGAGCCAACAUGGGCAAGAGGCCUAAAAGGCAGUGCUAACAUUAUUAUCAUGAUUCUGUCGUUCCUUGGUAAUACUCUUGUUAUAUACGUCAUUACAAAAUCCCCGUCGAUGAAGUCGACUACAAAUUACUUUAUCGCUAACAUGGCCCUWGCGGACCUAUUCAUCACGGCCGUAAGCAUGCCCAUCGUAACAAUGGUKAACAUCAAUGGMUUCAAUUGGUUUGAUACGAUGGCAGCAGCCGUUAUCGUUUGUAAAUUCAAUCCAGUUGUCCAUGGUUCGUCGAUGGAGAGUGCUAUUUUCAGUCUAAUGGCCAUCUCGUUCGAUCGCCUSUUCGCUAUUGCAACYCCGUUCAAGAAGGUCAUUACCUUCUUCCGGGCGAAAAUUAUCAUUGUAGCAAUCUGGGUGUUUUCUGUUUUGACGCUUUCUCCCGUCCUCUUUAUAACAAAGAUUAAGAAAAAAGAUAAAUAUUACUGCUACGAGCAAUGGCCGAAAUCGUUUGACCAGGACUUUGCAGGGAAGGCKUACACUGUUAUAUUAUUCUUGUUCUURUAUGCUAUUCCUCUCUCAGUUAUGGCAGUUGUUUAUCCUGUAAUUAUCUGGAAGCUAUGGGGUCGAGGAAAGGAAAUAACSGAYCUCCUACCUACGUACGUAUACCGUAAACGCGCCACUAACAAAAAGGUUCUCAAGAUGUUAGUUACWGUGGUGAUAACGUUUGCGCUUUGUUGGCUUACGUUUCACGUUAGAAUGUUCUUAGGAUUCUUUGGAGAGACUAACAAMAUUCCGUGCGGUCUAAAYCCACACCUAUAUUUCAUGGCAUUUGCUAUCGCUCACUCAAACUCUGCCAUAACUCCCUUCAUAUACUAUUUAUUUAAUGCUUCGUACAGGAAGGCAUUCCGGAAGGUCUUUWAUUCGAUUUGCCCGCGAAUCAUGCUCUUUUGUGGCACCGAAGUCGAGAAAGAACCAGAAGACAUCACUUCGACACAACAUAUUUCACUAAUGCAUCUAAAGGAAGAUUCAAAGGCCAGUCGAAUCGAUGCGCUUAAGAAAAAUGACAUCAAGACAAAACUGGGGGUCCAUAGACCAAGAAAAAUGCAAAGUUCAUCUCCCCCUACAUCUUCACAGUGGGAUUAGAUUAAUAUUGACAUACAUUGUAUUUGACUUAAGUUAUUAAUUCAUCAAAGACAGAACCCAGCCGUGAUAGAGUUCCCGUGAUAGAAUUCUAUUUCACCACAAGAGAACGAGAAGUUACUCGAAGGCGAUCAACAAAGUCAUCAGAAAGAAUGUGGGCGGGACAUGUUAUGAUGUAUAGAACUAGAUACAAACAAAUUUAGCAAAGAGGAAGCGACAAUACGACGCGAAUAUGUUAUUAUAGUUAGCUYUAAUGAGAAAAGUUUACUGUUAACAGAAACCAGCUGCACACUUAAAGUUAUUAGACAUUAGCGUCUUCUAUGAUCACAAACCACCGCUUUAAGCACUAAAAUCAAGUACUGGGAAGUAAAUCAAUYUUAAAAGAAGAGAGUUUCAUUUCAUAUUGUUAAAAAAUAGGUUCAUGUAUGCGGAAUAAGUAUUUYUUAUAAUUUGAAAAACUUUUAAACAAUAUUCAUGUCAAUUUAGUGUAUAAUCAUGAAAACAUUAUGAUGGUUGUCAAAAAGAUAUUCCUCCUCUUUAUUGUUUUUGAAAACAUAUCAAAAAACAGUUCGUGGGCGGAAUUAGUAAAGUACCGUAAGGAAAAAGUAAAAACUUGAAAUAUUAAAUUAUUCAAGAGAACUUUAAUUGUGAAGGAUCACACAAACCACAUGACGUCCAGAAAAUGAUCUAAAAAAAAAACAGGAUUGCCUGAAGGGAAGGCGGGGAAACAAGGUUUUUGUCCAUUGUUUUCGAGUUUGCUUGACAAAUGUCCACUAUCUUAAAUCACAAGCCAUUAUGCGCGUCAGUGAACACAACUGUCAGCGGAUACGAAGAUAAAACAAAAUGGCGGAUAAUUCAAGAUGGCGGAUGUUAAUUGAACAACCUUGAAAAGAAUAGACAAAAAAAAAAAAAAAAAAAAAAA